AUGAUGGCCGACUCAUACAGGCAUGUUACACGGAUAUUGUGGAUAUUUGGCGAUUAUGGGCCAAUUUUGUGCGCAGUCCAUACGCAAAUCCUCCUAAAGGCCAGUGGGACAGGACCCUAAAGUUGUGUCUCACUUGCACUCUGACAACACUUCCCCCCACUGUUUCCACUGGUAGUGUUUCACAAAGUGGACACAAAUACUGAAAAAACAAACACAAAGCAGGGACAGAAGGCUCCGCCCCCAUGCGUAUGUAACGAUGGGCACAAAUGAGCCUUGAAUGGUUCAGUCAGUUAUUAUGACACAUAAAGAGUGUGACGCAGUGCUGUAAACGCUGUCCACACAAACUUUGUGAGUGAGCAAGUGAGGGAAGCCACCAAGACACCAAUGACAACGCUGACAGAGUUCCAGGAUUCAGUGCUUCUCCAGUCACAACUUAAUGGUGAAGUGGAAGAACUCUGUUAACCAGAAGACAAACCUGCCACACACGAGCCAAUGUUUAAAAAGAAGAUACACAAGCAUAAAGUUCCUCAGAAGACAUCUUCAUCGACUUUCAUGUUCGUGCAGCUAUGACUGCUGAAGCAACAAAUGUGCACUUUCUCCAGCCACGGAGGCCCAUAACUCAUUCAGAGCUGCUAGCUGCCUUGGUGGCUUCCCUCACUUGUCUGUUUUUGAGGAUGACCUGUUGUGGAACGUGUGGAAAUGUGUCUCAAACCUGUCUCUAAAGGUGAAGAUGUAGCCUUGCUAGAGUAAAGGGAGCAUGUCCAGAUGGCAUCCAUUCUUUUUCUUUGAGUGUUUUGUUUUUGUUUUAUUUUUUUACACUUGCUCGAUGCAAAACAAUGAUUUUCUUACAAUAUGACUUUAAAAUAAAACCUCAGAAAAGCCUGAGGAUGUGUGGACUGUUUUUUAAAGUUGAGUUUGGAGCUACAAACUGAUUGACGUGAUUAAUUGUGGUAUAAACAUUAGCACGUUGUUUCAUGACGACAUGGCGGGAUAACGGAGACGACAGUGUGACGCGUGAACGUUUAAUCUGAAAUCACAUUCUAUAAAACAUGGCAUGUUAGAAUCAAUAAUCAAUCAUGAAGGUUUUAAACCAUCCUAAGAAGAAACCGUGAAGUAAAUAACAACAUGCAAAUUAUUCUUAAAUUAGUCAGAGUGCCUCAAUGACAGCCUUAAAAUUAGAUGGUGACAAUAAUCCUACAAUUAGAGAAAAGUACAAAAUCAACGUGGCGGUAGAAAAAACAAACACAUCAGCUGAUCUUCUCGAUCACUUUAGUGUUUCGUCUUGGAAGCACAGAGGAGCAAAACUACGCCAGAACUGCUGGAAGAAUUUCGGAGUCUGGAAGAAAAAAAAGCAGCUUGAACAUCUAAAUGAAAAUCCUCAAGUAGAAAAACGCAUCUUUGUCACGACUGAGAGAGAUCGUAUCAAAACAACAGGUCAAAUAUUGCACCGUCAGAAUACAACAGCAUCAUCGUAUCAAGGAAAUAACAGCAAAUCACCAUGGUAACACACACACACACACACACACACACACACACACACCAUUGAUGGACAGGCCUCAGAUGUGUGUCCUGUACAGUGCAUCACACGCAGAAGAAUACCCUGUAACGCAAGGAGCAAGAAAAAGAAACGAAGCUGCACUUUAAUUUUACUUUAACUUCAGAUAAACUGCAGAUCAACUGCCAACAUAGAAAAACAACAUAAAUAGAAUUAAAAUCUACAAAAUACUGUUAACUUGGUAAAAGCUUAAAGAGUCGAAGUGAGCCAUUAAUUCUCUCAUGAUAUGAAGAUCUUCAUUUGCAUAAAGUUACACUUUAAAAACAGAGAGAGAGAGAGAGAGAGAGGACGGAGGGAGAGACCCCUGAAAUGAGAAUUUGAUCCUGAAAUACAUUUUGUUUGAACUGAUUGCACCCAUUUUGAUGUUGAAAGCAGAAGUCAAAGGUUACAUAAGGCAGCGUACUCUGCCACAUUUAGUUUAACUCAGGAUUAUGUUGACGUGUGGACCACUGUAACACCCAAACUAUACCCACUGCCCAAACUACACCUACUGUCCAAACUAUACCCAUUCCCCAAACUAUACUCAAUGUCCAAACUAUACCCCCAGCCCAAAGUAUACCCACUGCCAAAACAAUACCCGCUCCCAAACUAUGCCCACUGCCCAAACUAUACUCACUGUCCAAACUAUACCCACUGCCCAAACUAUACCCAUUCCCCAAACUAUACUCAAUGUCCAAACUAUACCCCCAGCACAAAGUAUACCCACUGCCAAAACAAUACCCGCUCCCCAAACUAUACUCACUGUCCUAACUAUACCCGCUCCCCAAACUAUACUCACUGUCCAAACUAUACCCGCUGCCCAAACUACACCCACUGCUCAAACUAUACUCACUGUCCAAACUACACCCGCUCCCCAAACUAUAGUCACUGUCAAAACUAUACCCACUCCCCAAACUAUACCCACUACUCAAACUAUAACCGCUCCCCAAACUAUACCCACUGCCCAAACUAUACCCGCUCCCCACACUAUACUCACUGCCAAAACUACACCCACUCGCCAAACUAUACCCACUGCAAAAAACCUUACCCGCUCCCCAAACUAUACCCACUGCCCAAACUAUACCCGCUCCCCAAACUAUACCACCUGCCCAAACUAUACCUGCUCCCCAAACUAUACUCACUGUCCAAACUAUACCCCCAGCCAAAACUAUGCCCACUGCCCAAACUAUACUCACUGUCCAAACUAUACCCCCAGCCCUAACUAUGCCCACUGCCCAAACUAUACUCACUGUCCAAACUAUACCACCAGCCCAAACUAUACCCACUGCCCAAACUAUACCCACUCCCCAAACUAUACCCAUUCCCCAAACUAUACCCACUGACCAAACUAUACUCACUGUCCAAACUACACCCACUGCCCAAACUAUACCCGCUCCCCAAACUAUACCCACUGCCCAAACUAUACUCACUGUCCAAACUAUACCCCCAGCCCAAACUAUACCCACUCCCCAAACUACACCCACUGCCCAAACUACACCCACUGCUCAAACUAUACCCCCUGUCCAAAAUCUACCCGCUCUCCAAACUAUACCCGCUCCCCAAACUAUACCCACUGCCCAAAAUACACCCACUGCUCAAACUAUACCCGCUGUCCAAAAUCUAUCCGCUCUCCAAACUAUACCCGCUCCCCAAACUAUACUCAAUGUCCAAACUAUACCCCCAGCCCAAAGUAUACCCACUGCCAAAACAAUACCCGCUCCACAAACUAUGCCCACUGCCCAAACUAUACUCACUGUCAAAACUACACACACUCCCCAAACUAUACCCACUGCAAAAAACCUUACCGGCUCCCCAAACUAUAGCCACUGCCCAAACUAUACCCACUCCCCAAACUAUACCACCUGCCGAAACUAUACCUGCUCCCCAAACUAUACUCACUGUCCAAACUAUACCCCCAGCCAAAACUAUGCCCACUGCCCAAACUAUACUCACUGUCCAAACUAUACCCGCUCCCCAAACUAUCCCCAUUCCCCAAACUAUACCCACUGCCCAAACUAUACUCACUGUCCAAACUAUACCCACUGCCCAAACUAUACCCGCUCCCCAAACUAUACCCACUGCCCAAACUAUACCCACUCCCCAAACUACACCCACUGCCCAAACUACACCCACUGCUCAAACUAUACCCGCUGUCCAAAAUCUACCCGCUCUCCAAACUAUACCCGCUCCCAAAACUAUACCCACUGCCCAAACUACACCCACUGUCCAAACUAUACCCGCUCCCCAAACUAUACUCAAUGUCCAAACUAUACCCCCAGCCCAAAGUAUACCCACUGCCAAAACAAUACCCGCUCCACAAACUACGCCCACUGCCCAAACUAUAAUCACUGUCAAAACUACACACACUCCCCAAACUAUACCCACUGCCCAAACUACACCCACUCGCCAAACUAUACCCACUGCAAAAAACCUUACCCGCUCCCCAAACUAUACCCACUGCCCAAACUAUACCCGCUCCCCAAACUAUACCACCUGCCCAAACUAUACCUGCUCCCCAAACUAUACUCACUGUCCAAACUAUACCCCCAGCCAAAACUAUGCCCACUGCCCAAACUAUACUCACUGUCCAAACUAUACCCCCAGCCCAAACUAUGCCCACUGCCCAAACUAUACUCACUGUCCAAACUAUACCACCAGCCCAAACUAUACCCACUGUCCAAACUAUACCCGCUCCCCAAACUAUACCCAUUCCCCAAACUAUACCACCUGCCCAAACUAUACCUGCUCCCCAAACUAUACUCACUGUCCAAACUAUACCCCCAGCCAAAACUAUGCCCACUGCCCAAACUAUACUCACUGUCCAAACUAUACCCCCAGCCCAAACUAUGCCCACUGCCCAAACUAUACUCACUGUCCAAACUAUACCACCAGCCCAAACUAUACCCACUGCCCAAACUAUACCUGCUCCCCAAACUAUACCCACUGCCCAAACUAUACCCGCUCCCCAAACUAUACUCACUGUCCAAACUAUACCCACUGCCCAAACUAUACCUGCUCCCCAAACUACACCCACUGCUCAAACUAUACCCGCUCUCCAAAAUCUACCCGCUCUCCAAACUAUACCCACUGCCCAAACUAUACCCGCUCCCCAAACUAUACCCACUGCCCAAACUAUACCCGCUCCCCAAACUAUACUCACUGUCCAAACUAUACCCACUGCCCAAACUAUACCUGCUCCCCAAACUACACCCACUGCUCAAACUAUACCCGCUCUCCAAAAUCUACCUGCUCUCCAAACUAUACCCACUGCCCAAACUACACCCACUGUCCAAACUAUACUCACUGUCCAAACUAUACCCCCAGCCCAAACUAUGCCCACUGCCCAAACUAUACUCACUGUCCAAACUAUACCACCAGCCCAAACUAUACCCACUGCCCAAACUAUGCCCACUGCCCAAACUAUACUCACUGUCCAAACUAUACCACCAGCCCAAACUAUACCCACUGCCCAAACUAUACCCGCUCCCCAAACUAUACUCACUGUCCAAACUACACCCACUCCCCAAACUAUCCGCACUGUCCAAACUAUACCAGCUGCCCAAACUAUACCCACUCUCCAAACUACACCCACUGCCCAAACUACACCCACUGCUCAAACUAUACUCACUGUCCAAACUAUACCCCCAGCCCAAACUAUGCCCACUGCCCAAACUAUACUCACUGUCCAAACUAUACCACCAGCCCAAACUACACCCACUGCCCAAACUAUGCCCACUGCCCAAACUAUACUCACUGUCCAAACUAUACCACCAGCCCAAACUUUACCCACUGCCCAAACUAUACCCGCUCCCCAAACUAUACUCACUCCCCAAACUAUACUCACUGUCCAAACUAUACCAGCUGCCCAAACUAUACCCACUCUCCAAACUACACCCACUGCUCAAACUAUACUCACUGUCCAAACUACACCCGCUCCCAAACUAUAGUUACUGUCCAAACUAUACCCACUCCCCAAACUAUACCCACUGCCCAAACUAUACCCGCUCCCCAAACUAUACUCACUGCCCAAACCAUACCCACUGCUCAAACUAUACUCACUGUCCAAACUACACACACUCCCCAAACUAUACCCACUGCCAAAACUACACCCACUCGCCAAACUAUACCCACUGCAAAAAAACUUACCCGCUCCCCAAACUAUACCCACUGCCCAAACUAUACCCGCUCCCCAAACUAUACCCACUGCCCAAGCUAUACCCACUCCCCAAACUAUACUCACUGUCCAAACUAUACCCCGCUCCCCAAACUAUACCCGCUCCCCAAGCUAUACUCACUGCCCAAACUAUACCCACUGCUCAAACUAUACUCACUGUCCAAACUACACACACUCCCUAAACUAUACCCACUGCCAAAACUACAUCCAAUUGCCAAA